CGUCCCGUCUGCAGCAGUCUGCCUCAGCACCUUGCCUGCCCGACAUGACCUUGGAUAUUAGCGACUCUCCUCUCGCAAGAAACUAUUGUAGAAAUACAGAAACCACUAAACACUCGCGUUAAACACUAGAGGACAUCGAGGUACGGCGGAGUGUACCUGCAUUAUUGUCACUUUUACAUUGCGUUUGAAUCUAAAGGAUUUUGUUUAGCCGCAAUAUACUCUUUUUUGUUGUUGCUGUGCCGACUUUUCUUAAACCGACGUGUAUGGAUGUAUCAUGGCUACGUUUGCAUGCAGGGUGCAGUUCUUAGAUGAUACUGAUCCAUUCAAUAGCACCAAUUUUCCGGAGCCGACCAGACCCCCGUAUUUUACAUUCAGAGAGGAUAUUCCGCUCAUCAAUCAGAUCGCUGGAGUUCACAGACUUUUGAAAGCACCACAAAAGCUCGAUGACUGUGCUUUACAGUUGUCUCAUAAUGGCAGUUAUCUGGACCUGGAAUCCACCUUGGCCGAGCAGAGAGAUGAACGUGAAGGCUUUCAGGAGGAUGGAGGGAGGGGAAAGAAACACAGUAUUGUGCUGAGAACACAGCUGUCUGUCAGAGUUCAUGCCUGCAUAGAAAAGCUCUACAACUCGACCGGACGUGAGUUACGAAGGCUCUUCUCUCUUAAGCAAAUCUUUCAGGAUGAUAAAGAUCUUGUACAUGAGUUUGUGAUGGCUGAGGGGCUCAUGUGUCUUAUUAAAGUGGGAGCUGAGGCUGACCAAAACUACCAGAACUACAUCCUUAGAGCUCUUGGACAGAUCAUGCUGUAUGUGGAUGGAAUGAACGGACUUAUUAGACACAAUCAAACCGUUCAGUGGCUUUAUACAUUGGUGGGAUCAAAGUUCCGGCUGGUUGUGAAAACUGCUCUGAAGUUGCUUCUGGUGUUUGUGGAAUACACUGAGUCUAACGCACCUCUCCUCAUCCAGGCUGUCAACACAGUGGACACCAAGCGAGGCUUUAAACCCUGGUCCAAUACCAUGGAAAUCCUGGAUGAAAAGGAUGGAAUGGACACUGAGCUGCUGGUGUAUGCCAUGACCCUUAUCAACAAGACAUUGGCUGGUCUGGCUGACCAGGACUCAUUCUAUGAUGUGGUUGACAGUUUAGAGGAGCAGGGGAUGGAGGCCAUGGUUCAAAGGCACCUCAACAGAAAGGGCACAGACUUGGACUUAGUGGAGCAGUUCAACAUCUAUGAGAUGACUCUUCGUCAUGAGGAUGGUGAUGAUGAGGCUCAGCCUCCUCCAUCCGGACAUAAGAGCCGGCGUCGGGCCAGCGUGGGGGCCACACCUGAGAGGCGUGGCUUGGAACGACGACGUAGCCGAAGACACUCACUCCAAAAUGGGAAACGUCACACCUCUGCUCCUACUUCCCCCUGCCACAGCAACACCCCCAACAUCUUGCCUUUUAAUGGCCAGAGGAUUGAGGAUAUUAACGAAAGAGAGGAGGAAGAGGAGGAUGAGGAACUACAGAAAACAGAGCUCUCUAGACAGGCAUCUGAAAGCAAAGGCUAUGCAGGUACAUAUCCUGGCAGGUCAGCAGGUGUGUCCAGUGCCCCCUCCACACCCUACAAUGGCUUCAGCUCCACAAGGGGUGAACCUACAGAUAUUAAACCAGACAGGUCGACUUUGGGUGGUUUGUUAACCUCCUCCUACAGGCAGCACCAAGAAUCUCUUAAUGCAGAACGUGAGCGCAGGCGCCUGGAGAGAGAGGAGAGACUCCAGCGGAUUGAAAGAGAGGAGAGGAACCGUUUCAAUCGGGAUUAUGUGGACAAGAAAGAAGAGAUCAGACAAGCUCGAGAAGAAAGAUAUAAGCAAAUUGCACGUCUUGCAGCAGAUGAGAAUGGAAGGGAACAAACAAGAUCAACACCACGGGGACGAACAGAAAUAACCCUUAGCCUGUGUUCAAGAACCACAACCAGCUCCUCACCUCGUACUUUUACUCCUUUGACUGGAGACUCUCAGGAGGGUACACGCUGUCUCCCAUAUCCAGCAAAGGGAGCCAUGUCCGAGUCAAGCCAACCUGUGCAGGCAGCAGUUGCUUGGCCUGCCUCAGAAACCCCCUCUGCCUCUACUUCUGCUUCUGCAUUGCUGUCCGAGCCAUUGGAAGACCAGAGCCCUGUUGAACUUACAAGCAUCACACUCUCUCUUUGUGAAACUAGAACAGAGGCAGAGAGAACUGGCGAAGAGAAGAAAACAGAGGGUGCUGAGGCAGAAGAGUGCAAGGAAAUGUUGAAUGGGAAGGAAGAUGAAAAUAAAGAAGAACCAGAAGGAAUCUGUAAAGAAGAGACUAGCGGAACUGGUAGAGAAGAGUGUGAGAGAGAGCAGAUAUUAGAGGAGAGCGUCGUCUUGAGUGAGAAAGAGAGGCAAAAUGAGGAACUGAAUGAGAAAGAUAACUGCUCUGCCUCCAGCAUCUCUUCAGCCAGCAGCACCCUGGAGAGAGAAGAACGAGAGGAGAAACUUGUCAGUGACAAUGACUCGGGCAAUUGGACAGACUGUAUGAAUACAGCGGAUGUCAGUGAUCAAUGCAAUAAAGUUAUGAACAGCAAACGCUUCAUGCUGGACAUGCUUUACCAAAACAUCCCUGUAGAGGAAGCAGAACAAGUUAAAGAGAAGGAGAACGAGAAAGGAGAUUCAGAUCAGGACUCGUCUGUGAACAGCCUUGUUAGUCGCAUUUCUACACUGGAGGCACAUCGGCAGGCGUGUGAGGAGAACUUGAAGAAGCUGGAUGUGGAGCAUCUGGAUAAUCAGGGUAGUGUGCGAGCAGUGGCUGAGAAAUUUGGAGAUUUGGUCAAAGGACUGGUGUCUCCACAUGAGGUGGAGCAUUCUGGAAAAGUGAAACAACAACCACAGGAAAAGUCUCCACCAGCUCCUUUACCAACACCUCAGAAAAAAGAAUCUGACCACAUUUGGGACCAGCUAAUGGCCAUUCCGCGAGAGCUUCGCAUCAAAGAAUUGGACUUCACAGACUUGAGAGAGGAGGAUGAUGUGGACAUUUUGGAUGUUGGUAAUGUGACUGGGUCAGGUGACCUUCCCCCACCUCCAUGCUUGCCCAACCUUCCGCCUCCACCACCAUUGUUCGGAUGCCCCCCACCUCCUCCUAUCUCUGGCAUGAUGAUGCCCCCUCCGCCACCAUUUUUGGCCUCUUUAUCUCCCCCACAUCUUGGAUCUCCUCAGCUUAGUCGAGGGGAUUCACUGCUCUUCCAGAAAAAGAAGAAGACUAUUCGGCUGUUUUGGAACGAGGUGAGACCCAUAGACUGGCAGUACAACAACCAUAAGAGAUGCAAGGAAUCAUUGUGGUCCAAACUGGACCCCGUCAAACUGGACACAGCCAAGUUGGAAAACCUCUUCGAAACUAAAUCCAAAGAGCUGCCAGUUACAAAGAAAACAGCAGCCGAUGGGAAGCGUCAGGAGAUCAUCGUUCUGGACUCCAAAAGAAGUAAUGCCAUUAACAUCGGCCUGACGGUGCUCCCUCCACCGCGCACGAUCAAAACAGCCAUCCUCAACUUUGAUGAGUAUGCCUUGAGCAAAGAGGGCAUAGAGAAAAUCCUGACGAUGAUUCCUACAGAGGAAGAAACACAGAAGAUUCAGGAGUCCCAGCUGGCAAACCCUGAAACUCCACUGGGCAGCGCUGAGCAGUUUCUCCUCAUUCUCUCCUCCAUCAGUGAGCUGUCCGCCCGACUGCAGCUUUGGGCAUUUAAGAUGGACUACGAUGGCUUAGAGAAGGAAGUGGCAGAGCCACUACAGGACCUGAAGGAGGGCAUGGACCAAUUAGAAAAGAACAAGACGCUGCGCUACAUCCUUUCCACUCUGCUAGCUGUUGGCAACUUUCUCAAUGGGACCAAUGCGAAAGGCUUUGAGCUGAGUUACCUAGAGAAAGUACCUGAGGUGAAGGACACAGUCCACAAACAGUCUCUGCUCCAUCACGUCUGCUCCAUCGUCGUGGAGAAGUUUCCAGACAGUUCAGAUCUCUACUCUGAGAUUGGAGCCAUCACUCGCUCUGCUAAGGUUGACUUUGAUCAGCUGCAGGAAAACCUGUAUCAGAUGGAGCGACGCUGCAGAGCAUCCUGGGACCACCUGAAGGUCAUCGCCAAACAUGAAAUAAAAGCAGCCCUCAAGCAGCGCAUGUCUGACUUCCUUAAAGACUGUGCAGAAAGGAUCAUCAUUCUUAAGAUUGUGCAUCGCCGCAUCAUCAACAGGUUUCACUCAUUCCUGUUGUUCCUGGGCCACCCGCCAUACACGAUCAGAGAGGUCAGCGUCCACCGCUUCAGUAAGAUUCUGAGCGAAUUUGCACUUGAGUACCGCACCACCAGAGAGCGAGUGCUGCAGCAGAAACAGAAGAGAGCCAAUCACCGUGAGAGGAACAAGACCCGUGGCAAAAUGAUCACAGAUAGUGGAAAGUUUGCAGGCACUCCUUUGGAGGGACAGGACUCUCAGACACAGGGUUUGGGCUAUACUGAGGACGCAGCCGAACAUGAGCACAUGACUGCAGUACUUCGGAAUAGCCUGCAGGGCGGCGAUAGUGCCUCCUCUGUACUCCCUGGCCUCCGCACACGAACACGAGCCAGUCGAGGCCAUCUGGAACUUUUGUCAACUGCAAAUGAUGACGCUUCUAAUUGCACAAAUGACACAGCAGAUGAGAUCAUGGAGCGUAUUGUGAAAUCAGCCACUCAGGGCCCCAGUCAGCGCACGCAGCCCCGUGAGAGGAGACGCUCCCGAGCCAACCGCAAAUCCUUAAGACGAACACUGAAGAAUGGUCUUACACCAGAGGAGGCACAGGCCUUGGGAUUGGCCAGCGGCUCUGAGAUGCAAGUGUGAGAUGCUCAGGGCCUCAGCAAACACUCUCCCUCUCUUUCUUUCUCUCGGAAACACAGAAACACACAUCAUCUUGAAAGAGUUUGAUGUGAUGUGGCUCUUGAGCAGGUGCAUUUUUUCAGUUUGUGUUCUACAUGGUUAUUGCUGUGCACUCACAGACUACUGUGAGAAUACUAUACUACUAUACUUAACCUGGGACAUGCAGUCAAAUCUUUUCUCCAUUUACUAGCCACACCCACAUUGGCAUAUUGCAGUGGUUGUGAAUUGGUUUUGUUUCAGGAGCCAGAUUUGGACAUUGGAUAAAGUGGAGUCCCAUCACAGUACCAGAAAAUAUAUAAAACAAAAUCAAUAACAAUAUGUUAAAUUAGACAUAUUAAAAAGUAUUUAUAAUAUUAAAAAAUAUAUAAUUAUAAAUCUUAUUAUUAACCACUGGCAUAUUGCACACUGUCCCAAGGUUCUUAAAACCACUCAGGUGCAAAGUUCAUUGCUCCUACUUUUGAAUGCUAUUUACUUGUGGACUGUUAACUUACUAUCCACAACAAACAAGCACAGUUGUUUCCUGAUGCACAAUGUUUGUAGAUGCUUACACACACAAUGCCUGUAGUAUGCUGAUUGUCCACUUAUCCAGUAAAGAGACUGAAGGCGGUUUCCUACCACUGUGGCCUUGAGAAUGAACCCAAAGAACUGUGUGUUGAAGAAGACUGGAUGCUCUUUCAUUUUCCAUUAGGUCAAAUACAGAUUGCAUUGAUAGUAGCACCUUCAGCAUUCAUUUCUAAUGUAAAUCAUGAUGGAUUCUCUGGCUGUGGUAAAAACUUUUUUUUUUUUUUUUUUUUUUACGUGAUUAAACAAACAGGGCUUCUUGCAUUUCACAUGUCAGGCCGCUUGCAAGCUACUAAAAUGUGUACAACAAUAUGAGAAUAAUAUAAAAAGACCACAUACACUGUUAUCCUAAAAGUCACCUUGUGUGAGCAAAACUUGUUUAACAUGGGUAAAGAUUAUCAUAUUAUUUUGCACACAAAUGCGAGUGAGCUAAAAAAGCCUUCUCUUCCUUUUUCUUCCCUUCGAACGUAUUCAUUUCCGCAUGUGUUUUCUGUCAACAUUGGUAGUAAACAUUGAACCAACUUAAGGUAAAGACUUUAAGACAAUCGUCGAACUAAAUGAAAGGAUUUCGAGCCAUGUUAAUCAAAAAUAGUGAUAUUGUUUUUAACAAAUGAGUGCCUUUUUGUUUUAAUGAUAUGGAAGACCAUAUCUAAGCAUUUCAAUGUGAAUUUGGUUAAUGGCAUUUCAGGAAAAGGGAAAAAGAGGGAAACAUGCAGAUUGGCCUUUAUAGUGCACAUCAAGCUUUAGUGUCUAUAAACUUCUCACUGUUAUGUGUUUGGCAAACCCAUUAGUUGAUCACAUCCCACACAGAUUUACCACAGAGACAACUCCACUGUUUAUGUAAGAAGUACCAUUCAGCACCUUAUCAUGUGUAGCAUGCAAUUUCGAACGAAAUUUUGAAAUUGAGUAUUAUUAAGACUUUUUUUUUCACCUUUCAGAUUUGUACUCUGAGUAUUGUUAUGUGGAUAAGAGAUUAGAUAAAUGUAAAGUAGAACCAUGAUGUAGAGGCUAAACAUGAGACAGAUGCUGUAAAAUUGUGUAAAUGUCACUUAAACGUUUACGUUUUUGGUUUGUGUUCAUGGUUUGUUUGUAUUUUGUAUAGAAUAGUGUAUUAUAGGUCAAAAGCAGUGUUAUUCUGUGAAAAUUCUAAUUUAAGAGAAAGUAAGCCAUGCAUGGUUCGAAUAAUAACAGAUAUAGCAGCAGGCGCCAUUGUCAUUAUAUUAGGGAUGUAAGGAGGGAGCCUGUGACAUCAUGAAACCCUGUGAAUUUCGCUUUUAUGUAAUGUUUCAUGUGUUUACGAAGCACGGACUUGAAACAACCAGCAUUGCAUCCAGCCACCCUGCACUCCUGCUUAAAUGGCCUUUGAUAUUAUAAUUGCACUUGCAUACAGAGUUUCACCCAUUGCUACAAGUGCCAUAAAUGUUGGUAUUGGGGGGAAAAAAAGCAUCUAGAAUGUGAAAAUUUGACCUCUAAAGUCCAAAAGGAAAAUGCAUUUACUGUACUUUGCAAUAAAAAGCUUUUAAAGCAACA